GAGAGAGAGAGAGAGAGAGAGAGAGAGAGAGAGAUAAAAGAGAGAAAAAAUAUAUUUCUACCACGCUCAACUCGCGAUAGUCUCCGUCGUUAAAGUCGCCUUUUAACAAUUGCAGACAUAAUUCACACAAGCGCCGGUGCAAAAUAGCAGGACUUUCCGUAUGUAAAAACAAUUACGGGAAACGAAAAGAACAAGGGGAGAAAAAUAAAUGAAUUUUUUUUAAAAAAAAAAAAAAAUGAGAAAAAAUUCUAUAUUCGUUAAUAUACACGUUGAAGGCCCGAUGUUGAUGCGUUUGGAGGUGGGAGAGUCGGUCUAAUUAUAGAGCGGAGGGAUUGGAGACAGGAAUAUAACGAAUGAACGCCCGCGAAGACUCGUAUUAUGUGUACGGUGACGUACUACGUGUUUAUAAUAUCCAUCUGUUAUAUUCAUUUUAAUGUUUAGUGAUUUUAAAAAUAAUCCACAACACUAUACGUUGUAUUAUUUUUAAACGGUAUAACUUUUAGGCCAGAAAAAAAAAUACAGCGACCACAAUAUUUGUUCAUACAAAUUCAGUUUUAGCCAACCGUGCUUGCUAAACGUAUUAUAACCAUAAUAAUGUGUUAUUUGGUCAAAUGUACACUUAUGAACCGGUUGACGCAUAAACGAUUAAUUUACGGACGUUAGUUUUAGUUCAAAGACAAUUUUAGUUGUCUCAACACUAAUAUCAGUAGUAACACCAUUUGUCUAUAUUUAAAUACUCAUUUAAUACGAAUAAGAAAACAUUAUUUGGUUUGAAUACUUUUAUUUAUGUCGUAUACUUAUUACAUUUAACACAAUAAUUGUCUGCGUUUUCAGAACACAUUUCAUAAUUUUCAACGGGUUUUAAAGCCUAUAUCAGAAUUAAUAUUUCUUCUUUUUUGCAGACAUGAACUACACGGGAUGUAAAAUAUAUUAAAAAUAAUCAUUUAUAAAUUCAGUGUUUAGAUCGCUUUUAACGUUAUCGUAUACGUAUAGUAAAAUAAAGCUACAUGUAUUAAUGCUUUUCAUCAAAAUAUAUUUCAAGUGUAGAAAUGUAGAUUCUAAGUAAUCUAAAUACCUGCAGGAAUCACAGAAUAAAUAGCAUGGUUGAUCGCGUUUAAAUCGGAAUCAUAUACACCGCUGUACGUUUACCAAAAGCCUGUCUGUCUGUUUUCGUCAACCGGGGUCAAAAUGCACGCGCGAAACAACGGAAAUAAAUCGAUAGGCGCCACUGUCACGCCACGGAUCGUCAUUAUUACCGUUAUCGCGUUCGGGAACCGAUAAUUUCAGUAAAUGUUUCCAACACGGCAUUUGCGAUGGUUUACGAAGAUAACAACGUCCGUUUUUUUGUUCCGCUUUUCCGCGGGCGUCGCAGUAAGCGCCAAAAAACCCGUACGGGCACAGGUUUUUUUUUCGUAGUGGCUGAACAAUGUUCGACGGUCUGAAAAGCGCGGACGACCGGGGCGGCGACGUGCCGAAGACUAAGCUGCUAAAGACCAGCAUGCGUCAUCAGUUCAACGAGUUCUUCGAUCACAGCACGCUGCACGGCAUCCGGUACAUAGCUCAGAACGAUCGGCCGCUUCACGAACGGUUCAUGUGGUUCAGUUUCUUAUCAGUGGGUAUUGUAAUUACUUCCAUCAUUAUAAUAUCGCUCUGGGAAAAAUUUCAAACUAGUCCGACCAUCACCGGUUUGGAUACGGACUUUCACAAUUGGGACGUACAAUUUCCAGCUAUAACGAUUUGUCCUCUCCAAUCUACAUCCGAUGAAAAAGUAUGGGAAUACGUUUCGAGCGUGUACGAUGUGGCUAACACGGAUAACGAACGUGUCGAAAUAUUUUAUAAAUACAUUAACGCGAUAGCAUCAUUCUCAUACAGCAAUAUCGAACAGAUAAAAACGUUUUCCGAUUACGAUUGGUUACCAAAGGACAACUUCAAGGAUCUAGCUUACAAAGUUGUUUAUCAUUGUGAAGACCUAAUGUUUGACUGCACGUUCAAAGGUGAACCGUACAACUGCUGUUCCGGGUUCGAACCGAUUUUCACAGAAUAUGGAUUUUGUUACAGCUUCAAUUCCAGACACGUCGUCUUGGACUGGCCAUGGAAACCUGAAAACUAUUCAAAAUCCGGUACAGAAUAUGUUUACGAGACGGACAACAAACUGAGUAUCACGUUCAACACGCAUAACACGACUAAAAACCCGUUGAAUAUAUUCAUACACAGCACGGAUGAUAUUUUGGUCAUUGACACGUUACCGCAACACCUAUGGACCAGAAGGAUAGCGAGGAUAUUGUUCGACAGCAAACAGACUUACACCACCGAGGGAGCCCGGCAGUUGUCGAUCAAGCAGAGGAAAUGCGUUUUUCCGGAUGAAAUACCGUUGUUGACCGACCAUAUAUACACGUUUAGCGCUUGCAUGAUCCAAUGCCGGAUGGACACCAGUAGGGCACUGUGUGGAUGUGUCUCGUGGUUUUACAAGACUAUCGAUGGAUACAAAUAUUGUGAUUUGAAAGGACUUGUUUGUAUUUCUAAGCAUCUUGAUAAGAUUUUAAAUGGACUUGCCUGUCCAUGUAAAUUGGGAUGUAUGAACACAGUAUAUGAAGUUGAAAAAUUACAAGACGCCCAGGCUGACAUAAUUGAUAAACCUUUGGAAAUCACUUUUGUAUCUUGGCCAAUGGUAAGAUACAGAAGAGAAGUAUUAUUUGGCUGGGUGGAUUUACUUGUGGCUUUUGGUGGCAUAGCAGGUCUAUUUUUAGGAUUUAGUUUGUUGAGUGGUGUGGAAAUUUUGUAUUACUUCACAAUGAGAGCAUUUUGCAUGGUAGCUUAUAAUCCUAAGGCAUUAGAAGAAUUAAGUAAAGACUAUGAAAAUCAAGAUAAACCAGUUAUAGACCUAGGUUUAAAGCCAUUAUGGACAAGAACAGAAAACAAAGGAACUGAUGUUACAAGAAAAAAUGAUAAGAAAAAAGAAGCAUUUGUUUUGCCUUUUUUGCAUUAAAUAUUAUUAUAAUAACUAACAAAA